AUGGAUCUUGGUACCAGGGGCCAUAAAAGUGGAAAAAACCGGGGGAGAAAAAGUGAUCUUGGUACCAAGGCCAUGAAGGUGGACCAGACCAAAAGAAAAUGUGAUUUGGACCAGGGCCCCAUGAAGGUGGACCAGACCAAAGAGACAAUGUGUUUUGGGUACCAGGGCCAUGAAAGGGACCAGCCCAAAGGGAGACAAUGUUAUUUGGUGAACGCGGGUGUGUGCGUGGCGGCACAGAAGGUGCUGCUGGACCUGCGUGACGGUGUGAAACACGAGGUGAUGAGCCGUCACAAGCGAGACCUGCGGGCGGCCGUGUCCCUGCUGCCGCUGGAGGGAGUUUCCUGGUUCCUGGCGGUGGUGGCCCUGGAAGACCACCAGAGUCUCGCUCUCGACUGUGCUGCCGCCCUCGUUACUGCAGCUUUAGGGUGGUUGGUGCUGUAUUUCCACGGCUGGUCGUGGCGUUGUCACGGCUUAUGCUGGCUACGACGACAGAUGGCCCCACCCCGACGACUAGACGACCUCUCCCUGCCCCUCACAGCCCGCUACGACCACGACCUCGCCCACCAGCCUCUCCUCCCACCCCACGCCCACCCAGCAGUCGCCCACCCAGCAUCCGCCCCCCACCACACCGUCACCGUGGCUCCCCCAGCGAUGUCAUCUCCCCCAGUACACCCAGAAGAAUUCCCCCUCCAGCCUCUAUUUCCCCUACACGAGCGCCGUGAAACCUACUGAACCUCAUCGAAGCUUCCGCGCCCAUUCAGCGGAGGCUUCGUCGAAGCUAUUGAGAGAGAGGAAGCUUUUAUAAUGUAUAAUGCUACGCUAGUUAGGAUUGUGAAUCCUCGUCACUGCGGCAGUGACCAGGGCAGUCACUGCGGCAGUGACCAGGGCAGUCAUUGCUCCAGUGACCAGAGCAGUUACUGCGGCAGUGACCAGGGCAGUCAUUGUGGCAGUGACCAGAGCAGUUACUGCGGCAGUGACCAGGGCAGUCAGUGCUCCACUGAUCUGGACAGUCACUGCGGCAGUGACCAGGGCAGUGACAGAGGCAGUUACUACUCCAUGAGGCUGACCUGAAGGCAAGAAAUCACUCAGAUUAUGUAAGGAAUAUACCUACUGUUUUUUUCUGGUGUGGUUAACACCGCAGCCACUGUUACAUUAUGAAAUACCACAACCACUGUUUGACAUCAUCCACCACCACUGACAUUAUCCAAUACCAAUACCAUUAACAUUAUCCAACACCACUGACAUCAAACACCAUGGUCUCAUUAACCACUGGAACAUUACCAACCAACCACCGUGACACCGAACACCGACAAAUGACAUCAACCACAAUCACAGUGAACACUAUUGUUAAACCCAGUGACGUACAUUAACCACUGUGAUACCAAACACCACUGUGACAGCCACCACCUAACACCCCUACCACUGACUACCCACUAACCAAACACCAGUGGGUAAUAGAGGUAUUCUUAGCAGAAACUGCUGACUAGAAUACAGCUGUAUAUACACUGCAUACAGUGGCAGAUGCUGUUGUAUUAUACAGUAUGCCACUAGUGGCACCACGAGAGUGCCACUGACUAACACCACGAGAGUGCCACUGACUCGCCAAUACCACGAGAGUGCCACUGACUCGCCA